AUGGACGAGGCGGACCGGCAGCUCCUGCGGCGAUGCCGGGUACGCCUAGUGAGUGAGCUGCAAGUCGCCGAGCUCUGGGACGCUCUGCUGAGUCGAGAGCUCUUCACGCGCGACAUGAUCGAGGAUAUUCAGCGGGCAGGCUCUGGGUCUCGGCGGGAUCAGGCCAGGCAGUUGGUCACAGAUCUUGAGACCCGAGGGAGGCAGGCCCUUCCUCUCUUCAUCUCCUGCUUAGAGGACACAGGCCAAAGCACCCUGGCUUCAUUCUUGCAAAGCAAUCGGCAAGCAGCCAAGCAGGAUCCAGAGGCUGUUAAACCCCUAGACCACCUGGUGCCUGUGGUCCUGGGGCCAAUCGGACUCAAAUCAAAGGAGCAGAGAGUAAUCAAGUUGGAUCCAUCGCAGCCUGCCUUGGGAAACCUCACUCCAGUGGUACUGGGACCGGAAGAGCUCUGGCCUGCUCGGCUCAAGCCGGAGGUUCUCAGACCAGAAACACCCAGGCCAGUGGACAUGGGUUCAGGCGGAGCUCGUGAUGUCUGUGCUCCAGGGACAAUCAGAGGACGUGCAGAUAUGGCAUACACCCUGGAUUCGGAUCCCUGUGGCUACUGCCUCAUUAUCAACAAUGUGAACUUCAGCCCUUCCUCGGGGCUCAGCACACGCACCGGCUCCAGUGUGGACUGUGAGAAGCUUCAGCUCCGCUUCCGCAGGCUGCACUUCAUGGUGGAGGUGAAAAACGACCUAACUGCCAAGAAAAUGGUCACGGCUUUGAUGGAGAUGGCGCACCGUGACCACCGUGCCCUGGACUGCUUUGUGGUGGUCAUCCUUUCUCAUGGCUGCCAGGCCAGCCACCUCCAGUUCCCAGGUGCCGUCUAUGGGACGGAUGGAUGCUCCGUGUCCAUCGAGAAGAUUGUGAACAUCUUCAAUGGGACCAGCUGCCCCAGCCUGGGAGGGAAGCCCAAGCUGUUCUUCAUCCAGGCCUGCGGUGGUGAGCAGAAAGACCAUGGCUUUGAGGUGGCCUACACUUCCUGUCAAGGCAGGGCCUUCGACAGCGACUCUGAGCCAGAUGCUGUCCCAUAUCAGGAAGGCCCAAGGACCCUGGACCAGCUGGAUGCCGUGUCAAGUUUGCCUACCCCCAGUGAUAUCCUUGUGUCCUACUCCACCUUCCCAGGUUUUGUCUCCUGGAGGGACAAGAAGAGUGGCUCCUGGUACAUUGAGACCUUGGAUGGAGUCCUGGAGCAGUGGGCUCGCUCUGAAGACCUGCUGUCCCUUCUUCUCAGGGUCGCCAGUGCUGUUUCCGAGAAAGGGAUUUAUAAGCAGAUCCCUGGCUGUUUUAACUUCCUCCGGAAAAAGCUCUUUUUUAAAACUUCAUGAGGCUGGGGGCUGCUCUCUGCCUCAAUCUUCUCCCCUGAAGCCUUCAUGGCCUGGAGGUGGCCAAGGCUUGGACUGUCCUGAGAAGCAAGGGUUUUGUAACUGGGGCAGGCUGCUCUUUCCCUUUUCUGGUGCAGACAGGCUCCUAGCAGCUUCCAUGUUGGAGGGAGCUGUGGAACAGAGCGUUGAGAACGCUCCCUGGCCGCUUCAUGUGUGGUUAGGGACUGUGGCCAGGGACCCCCAGGCCUCUCUAGAACAGGGCUUCUCUGCCAAUGUACUACUGACAUGUGGGGUUGCAUAAUCCUGUCAUGGGACUGCACCGUGUGUUGUAGAGCAUUUAAAGCUGUCUCUGGUCUCCACUUGCCAGCUGCCAGGAGUACCCUUCCUGAGUUCUGCCAACCAGAAAUGUCUUCAGACAUUGUCAUAUGUGCCCUGGGGGACAUUAUAGCACCCGCUCUGAGGGGACAUCACCCACAGGGGUCUGUCUGUGGCUGCAGACACACAAGCAUCUUUCUUUCCCAGACCCACAGUCCAGCUGGCCCAGUGUGAAUACCUGGAUCUGGGCUACGUCUCAUCGAAGUUUCCAGAAGGGUUAAUUCUUCCUUGAGCACAUUAUGUAUUCUUAUAGUUUUGGUUGUGAGCCUAGCCUUUAACGGCUGAGCCAUCUCUCCAGCCCACAUUAUAUAUUCUUAAACAAUAAAUCUUAGGCGAAAGGACUGUUUUUUGGCUAUAUCCUCCCCAUCCCCACUCUGUUCUUCCUACAAAGGAGACUUGCUUUUUCCUGAGCAUUUCUCUGUGUCUUCCAAGGUCCCUGUCCGAGCACAGGAGGUGACUGAGGUGGGAGCCAGGAAUCCCCACAGAUCGAGUCUCAUGUCUGAAGGAUCUUGGUUACCCUAGUGGGGACCCCUGGGCAGAGCUGUUGCGAGUCUCCCCAGUCUUCCCUGCUGAGUGAGCCUGGUCCCCAGGUAGCAGUGACUGGGCAAUAGUGCUGGCCCUCCCUGGAGAAGGUGCCACCUUGUCUUUAAAGCUGUUCUGACUUAGUUUUCUUUUUUUCUGUUUCCAUCUGGUCUUUGCUUUGUGAAAAUCCACUUGUGUUUAGAUGGUAGGGGUGCCAAGCCUUGUUUGUUUAUUUUUGAGCUGGGGUCUGACUUUGUAGCCCAGGUUGGCCUCAAAAUCUCCAUCCCACUGCCUCCUAAAUGCAGGGAUUCUAGCUUGUCCCACCGCCUCAAGCUCCUGCAAGAAUGUUUGUUGCUUUCAGGGCCCUGAGGUUAGGGUGCCGGGUUAAUAAGACAGACUCAUCCCAGGAUGUGAUCCAUAAGUCACUUUAUUACUGUUUCCUUUCUGUGGCAUUUCCAAGGUGACAGUCGCAGAGAUGUCCUUGGUUAGUUCUUUGCAAUCACCUGAAGGACACACAGGAGAGUGAGGAGGUUAACCUGGCUGAGGAUUGAGUUCAGUGACUCACGGCCAAAGGGUGUGGUCACAGUUUUCCUCUCCUGUCAAGAAGGGUCUUAGCUUGGGUGUCAUGCCAGGAAGCCAGGAAUCGCUAAUGAUCACUUGCCAAAUGUAUAGAUGGGUGUGGUUUUCUGACGUAAUUUGUUUCUUUAUUUUUUCUGAGACUGGGUCUCUACGUAGCCCUGGCUGUCCUGGAACUCACCAUGUGGACAAGACUGGCCUGGAAUUCACAGAGACCCACCUGCCUUUGCCUCUGAGUACUGGUAUUAAAAGUGUGUGCCACUACACAGGCCAAUUUGUUUCUUACUUACUUUUGAGGCACUAACUUAGUGUAUGGGGGUGAGGCUAUCACUUGUUUUCCAAGACCAAUUAGCAGAAUCAAAUACUGUUUUCGGGGUGUGUCAUUUUGGUGCUGGGAUGGAGCCAGGUUCUCACAUACCAUGCACCUGUUCUACCACAGAGCUACUAUAGAGCUACGCUCCUAUGUUCCUUUCAUAAGCAAUAUUUUUAAUAAAGAAAUAUAUUCCUUUCUGAACAAAACAAUAAAGCUGCGAUUUCUAAAGGUA